AUGACAUGGGAAAUUGCUCAUAAUAUUGACAGUCUUCUAGUUAAAGAUGAGAAGAGAAUUGGUGUAGCAGGCUUUGAUUUGACCGUGAAUACAAAUGAAGAGGACAGCAACCCUGAUCUGGCUGAGUGUGUGAAAGGUUUACAGUUUAAAUUAUUGAAUUGAUCAUAAAAUUAAUAAAUAUUUACGAUAAUACCGAAGCAACAAAAUGAGAAUAUGAAACAAUGUUAAUGAAAAAAGAGCUCCUUGAAUUAACCUAGAAAAAACCUUCACAUUGAAAUCCGUGACUCAAUUUUAUAAGUUGUUUGGUUACAUAACAUCUGGGGUGAGGACCUUUUUCUUAGUAUGUAGGGACUCACUACUGAUAAAAGUGAGUUAUCAAGCAAAAUGUAUUGAUGGAUAUCCCAGAUGUAAAAUAUGGUGAUCCCAGAAGUUUUAAAAUCAUUUCUUUCUUUCAAGGCUAAACUCAGCAACAUUGUCAAGAGUUAAAAAACAAAAGCAGUCAAAAUCGUUGUGCCAUUUCGUCAAGUGAAACUUCAAACUUCAGUUGCUAUUUAUGACAUCCAGGAUAUUUUCCCCAGCAUUCUAAGCUUGCUAAUAUCAAAGUUUGUGGACAGCUGUUGGCUUACACUGUAGGAUGCUAUCCUCAUAAUAAUAUUAUCUGUGAGCCAGAUUGGUAAAUGGAUGGUUUACCAGUUUUUGUAUAACACAUCACCCUUAAUAGUGUCAACCUGUGUGGUAAGCAUUCAAAAAGGGAAGGAGGAGGUAUAGUGUGCAAAAAUGUUAUUUAGCCCCUCUGGUUUUCAUGCACCCGAAUUUCUCUUUUCUCUUUUCUAAUGCCUAUUACAUGUUGUGUUAAAAAGGCUUUUCAUAAGAGCCUUUAAUUAUUUUUAGUGCCUUGGCUGGAUGAAGCUUGGGAAUUUUCACAUGCGGGUGAAUGGCAGAAAAUAUUCUGGUCAAACAUACAAAUACCAAGUGAACUGAUUGCUCAAUUCUCAAAAGGUGUGAAAAUAGAUAUUAACAUUAUUUAGUGACACUUAGUACAUGGAGGAUUGGGAGGAUCUCACAUGCUUCUAGAUUAUUGUGUAGUCUUUGGAAGAUAGGUCUCUUUAAAUUCUAACUUUCUUGAGAAAAUAAGGAGUAUCUUAGAUAACUGGUCGGCUAGAAGACUGACCCUCUUGGGUAAAAUUACAGUCAUAAAACUCUAGUCGUAUCACAAAUCGUCUACAUAUUGUCAUCUCUUCCUAUACCUCCUGACAUACUCAAGACAAUCAACUCUAUAUUGUACGAUUUCCUGUGGGACGGUUAUAACGGCGAUAAAAAAUUAAUCAAAAUGACGACAAUGAUAAAUAAUUACGCGAAAGGAGGACUUAAGAUGUUAGGUAUUCAAAGCUUUAAUGAAUCCUUGACAAUGAAAUGGAGCUAAGGGUAUCUAAAUGAAGAAAAUAAAGGGAAGUGGAAACUUUUUUUUGACCAUUUCUUAAGUGAGUACAGAGGAAAACUAUUUUUCCGAAGCAAUUUGAAACAUCAAGAUUCUACACUGCUCAAUGUCAAGGACCCUUUCUUAAAAGAAAUCAUACAGUACUGGACAAAAUUUAAUUACAAAGACAAUAACCUCGAUUUUGCCUCCACAUAUAUAUGGUACCACUCUCACGUUAGAAUUGAAAAUCGUCCAUUCUUCUACAGAUCAUGAUUGAGCGCGGGGAUAAAGGAGAUUAGCGAUCUGUUAGAUAAUGACCAGAAUUUUCUAAGCUAUAACGCCUUCAUAGAUAAAUAUAGCAUCAAAACCAACUAUCUCGAAUAUCACAAAGUGAUAUCUGCUGUAGCACAUUACAAGAAAGUACACUCUACAGCUUAUCAUGACCCAACUCCAAACGAUCCAGUUGAUACCCUUCUGUCUCACACCAAAGUUUCCAAGAAAAUUUAUGAAUGUCUAAUAAACGAAAAAGCUUCUAUACCACCAAGAAGUCAGGGAAAGUGGUUGGAAGACAGAGACAUACAUUGUAAUCUUAGUAUAAUAGUAAACUGGGAAAAUACGUACUGCCUAUCAUUUAUCUUCAGUAUACAAGAGAGUCAAAGCUUAGAGCGUUCCAAUAUAAAUUCCUUCACAGAAGAAUAGCCACAAAUGACUUUCUGUACAAAAUAAGUAUCAAACAAACAGAUUCCUGCUCCUUGUGCGAGGAAAGAAACCCUUGUUCAUCUAUUCUGGACUUGCAAAUACACUCAGAACUUCUGGAAGAGCAUGUUCGAGUGGAUCUCGCAAAGUUUCAAAGAUUUAGCAAACGUCUCUCCCUCCUUGUUUCUCUGUUUCGGUCCCAUGCCAUUGACGACGUAAAAGACCUUUCAUCACCUUCUCCUUAUAGCUAAACAUUGCAUAUACACCUGCAGAACGAGCCUCAGGUGUAUAUACAGGUACUUAUGAACUCGAUAGAAAUUGAAAAGCAGAUUGCAUUCCACAAUAACAACUCAAACGUCUUUGUACGGACAUGGUCUCGCUUUAAAAAUAACCUCUUACAAAAUCUAUUGCAUUAAUAAUAAUAUUGUAUAAGAAGCAUAAAACGUAGGAUCCCUUGACUUGAAAUCAAAUAUCUUGUAUGACUUUUUGUGUGAUUUUAUUUUACUAUAUGUACAUACUUUUUGCUUGAUUUAUUUGUAUAAUUUAGCCUCGUACCUUUCUGUUUUAGGUGGCAACAUUUGUUUUCUUUGUUUAGUCAUACAAAUUAGUUGCAUACUCGAAACAUCUCUACGUUUUUCAAUUGCUUUGUAAAAUGUAGAAUCCCUUGACUUAAAAUCAAAUAUCUUGUAUGACUUUUUGUGUGAUUUUAUUUUACUAUUAUGUAUACACUACUACAUGUAUGUAUGUCAAUAGUUGUUGUGUCAACAUAACAUAACAUUACAUUACAUUACAAAACAUUACAUAGAGGAUAUUACGCGGUGGUGCGAAGAUAUGAAUUUUAUUUUCGAGUGGCAAAACAAUAUUUUAUGAACGAGCACAGCGAGUGAGUAAAAUAUUGUUUUUGCCACAAGAAAAUAAAAUUCAUAUCUUCAAGCCGCCGUGUAAUGUUCUUUUUAUUAUAUAGACAAAAAGACAUCGAUAAAAUAAUAGAUUUUUAUGCAACAAAAAGUAAUUCUGACGGCUCACAUUUUCAGAACAGCAAUAUAAGACAUUGUUUGCAAUAAUCUUGAGAAAUAACACUGCGCUGAAUAGGGCUCUACAAUGACAAAAUAUAAGCACAGCUUUGAAAAAUGUGUAAUUAAAAUUCAAAGGACGCAAGACGCCUUUUUUGUGUUAUGAAAUGAAAUGAAAUGAUAUGAUGUGAUAUAUGUUAUGUUAUGUUAUGUUAUGUAAUGUAAAUGUUAUGUUAUGUUAUGUUAUGUUAUGUAAUGUAAGUAAUGUAAUGUAAUGUAAUGUAAUGUAAUGUAAAGUAAUGUAAUGUUAUUUUAUGUUAUGUUAUGUAAUGUAAUGUUAUGUAAUGUAAGUAAUGUAAUGUUAUGUUAUGUUAUGUUAUGAAAUGAAAUGAAAUGAAAUGAUAUGAUAUGAUAUGAUAUGAUAUCAUUUCAUUUCAUUUCAUUUCAUAACAUAAGAUAAGAUAACAUAACAUGACAUAACAUUAUAUUACAUUACUUACAUUACAUAACAUUACAUUACAUAACAUAACAUUCCAUUCCAUUCCAUUCCAUUACUUACAUUACAUAACAUAACAUAACAUAACAUUACAUUACAUUACAUAACAGAACAGAACAUAUCAUAUCAUAUCAUAUAUCAUAUCAUAUCAUAUCAUUUCAUUUCAUUUCAUUUCAUAACAUAACAUAUCAUAUCAUAUCAUUUCAUAACAGAACAGAACAGAACAGAACAGAACAUAACAUUACAUUAUAUUACAUUACACAUUACUUACAUAACAUAACAUUACAUUACAUUACUUACAGUGCAUAACAUUACAUAACAUAACAACAUAACAUAUCAUGUCAUGUCAUAUCAUAUCAUAUUUCAUUUCAUUUCAUUUCAUAACAUAACAACAUAACAACAUAACAACAUAACAACAUAACAACACAACAACAUAACAUAACACAACACAACACAACACAACAACACACAACACAACAACACAACCAUUUGAAAAAAAAAACAUUAUUGUGUAGUUCCAGAAAAUAUCCAUACUCCCCCAAAAGAAGGGAUUGGAAAUUCCUGAGGGGUGGGGGGCUCUCAAAGGCCCAAAAUCUUAAAUUAAUUUAUGAAACAUGGUUGGAAUUUCCAGAGAGGUGGGUCGGGGGGGGGGGGGGUGGUGUAAGGAAGAAUCCCUUCUGUGGGGGAGGUAUGGAUAUUUUUUGAGACCGCAUUGUAAUAUUUGAAUAAAGAUACUUAAUUUGUUGCAUGAGGAAUUUGUUUUCCCUAAGUGACCAUUAAGAAUAUUAUGGUCAGGCAAUGUGAGGCCAGUGCAUGGAACUAAGAAGUAUUGGGUUGACAAAGUCGGUAGGUCCUAUCGCUUGCCAAGUAAUAGGAUUACAUUACUGUAUUCUUGGUUCCAGAUGUCUCACAAGCUGCCGGCAAAAUCCAAACUGGUUGCCAAGGAAAACACAUUUCAUGAAUCAAUAAAGCGCAGUCAGUAAAUCUUUAUGUUGAAUAUUAGAUAAUUUAAUUUGAUUUGAGAACCUCUAUGGUUAGGCAAAGUACUGUGCUUAUUAGAAUCCCAAGUAAUGCAUUGUACGUACUGGGGUAUCUUUUAUUUUUAUUUCACCAUGAUGAUGUUUUGCAAUUUAUUUACUUAUUGCAACAUAAUAUUUUUAUGUUUAUUUUCAUCAGCUCUCUCAUCUCCACUGGCAUUUAGCCUGUCAGCACCCCAGAAGUUCCUAAGUUUCCUUCAAGAUUUUGAUAGUGAGGACGUUCGGAUAAUUGGGACUCAAAUCCUGGCAUCACUCAGGAUCAAUGAUGGUGUGUUGUAAAGUGUUAAUAAUAUUACAGUUGAUUUUGUUGUUGUUGUUGUUUUUUGUAGUUGUUUUCUUUGUUUUUGUCCUUGUUCCUUAAAAAGUCAAGGGUUUUUUUUUGUAUAACUGUAGGAUGAAAGAAUAUUAAUGCUAAAUUGGGUCCGGACUACAACAGAGGUCAAAAUAACUUGGGACACUGUAUAAAAACCCUUCCAAGUACAUGUAACGUCUGUGUAACUCCUAAUAACAUUUGCUUUGGGUUCAUCACUUAAACCCCUCUUUCUCCCUCCCUCCCCCCCUCAAAAAAGACUCAUUUCCACCCAUGUUGUUCAGAAUUUAACUUGUUUGGAUUGGGCGGGGUGAGGUCACUAGUUUUGCUAUUAGUGAAACGUUUUGGAGCAACACACGUCAAGCGGAAGUAGUCUUUUUUUGUUAUUGGGCAGUGUUUUCCCCAAAUUUUUGGCUGAAUUGUCAUUAUAAAACUAAAGGCCUGCAGGAAUACAAAUUUUUAAGCAUUUUUGCAGAUUAAAAGGGAAACUGUCUCACUUUUGGUUAUCGUGCAUUGCUCAAACACGUGUUUGCUUAAGCUCCCAACACUUUUGACCUGUAUUUUAGCUAUAUUUCUUUCACUAGAGCCACUGUUCUUUUGGUGAAUGUAGUCUGCCCACAGUUCGUAGCAAGCCGUCCACAUGUUCCUUAGUACCCUCCCAUCAUAUUAGGCUGGCUGACAUUGCUAACUGAUUUGACUUCGCAAAACUGGAUUCUUUUAAUUGAGGGAAUCUCUAGGCGUGGACAACUUUUAUAUCAUUGAAUUCAUUUGUGUUCUGUGAUUAUCGGUUAAUAACUCGAUAAACAGUAUUAAAGUAAAAUAAAAAAUUCUGCUUAUACCAGUUCUCUUCUGCUGGUUUGUGAAUAUAGAGCCUGAACAAACGGAAAAACUGAAUGAACUGGUUGCAUCUUGUGAUAACAGAAUACUGAUUGGUCUUGCCAGAUUACCAGGACUUGACACCAGGCUCCUGGGAAUACAUAGGCUAGAAUCUGAGGUACACUUACAUUUACAUCUAGCAAUUAUUAAUUCUGUGUAAAAACAAACAGACAAACAAAAAAUAACAACAGCAGAAAUAUCACAAACAAGAAAAUUACCUUGCGCAAAACUAAACGUCCGAAAGACCUGAAACUUAAUUUAUUGACAAACGAGAUUUCUGCGAGAAAAAUGUGAGGAAACUGGGUAAAGCUUACUAAUUUACCCUCUCACUCUCUGCAACGAGCUGGGACAAGCUGAUGUUAAGGCAAAGAACGUUUUCCAGAGCGUCUGGAAAAUGUUUUUUAGUUGUUGUUGCUAUUUAAAACUAAAAAUGUUACUAUGAUGGCGGACGACAACGAGAACGUCAAAAACACCGCAACAGGUUUAUUAGGCUUAACAACAACCAUCUGCACUUGCGAUGUAAAAUUUCCGAAUUAUUUCAAUGUUUAUGGAGACGGUAACAAGUGGCGGAAAAUGAUUCUAUCUAUUUUGUUGUUUUUGUUUGUUUGUUUUUAAAAUUGAGUGCAGUCCCUAAGAAUCCUACUCUAGUCACUUCAGAAGAAAAAUGUCAAAAAAAUAAAGCAGCAGAAAGAGCAUUUGAUUUUAAUAUUAUACAGAUUAGGUUUAGGUUUUCUAUUUGUGGUUUUUCAUUUUACAUACGUACCAACCGCCAGGUUUUCGGGGUGUUCAGCGGGUGUGCCGGGUUUUAACAUGCCCGUUGUAUUUGCCUUCAUUUGACACAUUUUGAGAGAUGGAAUAAUCGCGAGGAAGUCUACCGUCGCCUUCGAGCAAGACAGUGUGGCAACAGUGACAAUUGCCUGCCAAUACGGCGGCCGUCUCACCUCGUUCCUCGUUCUUUCUUUUUUCUUUUCUUCUGCAUGGCGGGAAGGUUGAAAUACCAUCCCCGGGAUCCAUUGAAAGUGAUCUGAAAGCCUUACUGUUGAAGUUACCUCUUUCUGGUCUGGAUCCUUGCACAAUAUGGUUCACCAGGAAUGCAAUCUUAACCGGGAAGUCAGCAAGCCAGCAUCGCAGGGUAAGAUAUAUGCACUUGUGAUGAUAAUUAAACGUUUACAGGGCUAACAUACUGCCCUCACCGUUUGCUAAUUAUUUAAAUAUAAGUAUUUGUCCAGUGGGGAAUCGAGUCCACAACUUCUCGCCUCACCGACCGGAGAACUAACAGAUGAGCUAAGCAAAUCAUUUAACGUUUGGUAAUUUUGCUGCGAACAACAAUUCAUCUUUAUAGCGAUAGGCCGACUAAUAAUACGUGUUGACAUAAUUAUGCAUAAGCAUAUAUAAAUGAAAAGUAAAUAAAAAACCGGGUCUAUGCAAUAUAAGCACAGGCAUAUUUAAGCAUAUGCAUUAAAAGGAAACUUUUUUAAUUUUCUUGUGCUUGUACUUAAUAUACCUGUGUGGGAAGUGUAAACCGGCGCGACGCAAGCAGAAGCCUUUAAAACAUGGCGUCCGUCACGAGGUCCUUCAGUUGCAUCCGUCGCCCAAAUUUCAAUACGUUUACAUUGCGCGUGUUAUCAUUCUUCUGCAUUCUUAUGCUAGUGAUUACUUCUACGUGUAAACCAGCGCGGGAAAAGAAGUACGAGUAAUGUUUUACUUCUGAUCAGUUGUGAUUGGUUUAAGGCCGGCUUAGCAGGUUUUUUUUACGCUACGAUUUGUCUGCCCAAUCUGGGACCCAAAACGUGAGGCGAAUACAAUAAUCAGCCCCAUUUUCUUACAUCUUUUAGACUACAACAAAUUUUAGAAACUUGCUCAAUUUUAAACAGAUUUUUCCCGAAACUUUCCGAAGGAUAGAAAGAUCGGUCUGAUGAAUUGUAGCGCGUAUGUUUGCCGUUUUGUUAAGCCGACAGACGGCGACAAAACGUGAAUUUUCUUUAUUGCAAUAACAGACAAAUCGUGAAAACGAGACGAAACGAUGCUUAACAAAGUCGUGAUUGGACGCUCAUCAGGAAAUCAUCUUCAUGCUAAUUGUUGUAUGUCGUUUUUUCCUUGAUAUCCACAGCCUCUGUUUUGGAGUUUCAGUGGUGAUAGCUUGUCCUUUGCGCACACGCUCAGCUCUAUGCCAGCAGAACUGGUGGAAUUGUAUUACCUCAAAGCUCUUACCAGGCACUCUAUGGUAAAAAUACAGUUUGCUACAUAGUAGUACGUCCCUGUUGAUCUUGAGCGCUUACCAUAUGUCAGAACUGGCUGGCCAGACAGUCCAAUCGUAAGGAGAAUUACACUAUUAAUCAGGACUAUCUGACCGGUGCGGCCGGCCAGUUCUGACGUCCCAAAUUGGAAAUGGGUGGGUCGCUUUAGGAACUACAGGUAAAGAAGCACACUCGAAAAACGAUGACACGCGCGUCUUAUCGUCAUCUUAUAAAUUCGAACUCAUCUCUUAUCUUUAUUUUUUCAAAGCUUGCGAGCGGGCGGAAUCCUCCAAAUCCCGCAAUCGGAUUAGUUCCGAGAGCGGGCGGUAUUUUACGAUCUUGCCCGCUAACCCGGGCGGAAUCGUUGGCAGCUUCAUUCACAAGUUUGUUUGUUGUUUGUGAAUGAGCAAAAACCGUCAUUUUUAAACCAUUUUUCUUUUAAAACUUGCGCUAUUAUUAGCAUUAGCUAGGGAAAAGUGAAUUUCAUUAUUCAGACAAAAAAUUUGAAGGGAGAAUCAAGCAAGUCAGCCAGGAAAACCGUUAAGAAAAGCAAAACAGGUGGCUCGUGAUGUCGCUUCACUACCUUUAUAACGGCGCUAUAAGUACUGCAAUCUUGCUUUUAUGCACUGUUUAUUGGACAUUUUUGCUCUGUUUAUAGUUUUGUUUUCAUUGAAUUUUGCCUCGCUAGUUUUCUACUUAUCAGAAAAGGUUGUUGUCAAUGAUUGCAUUUAGCUUUCAAUCUUAAAUAUACAACACGAAUCACUAUUCCAGCAGUCGGUUAUCUAGCCUGCGAAAACAACCGUUUCUCCUCGCUCUUCGCCGCUAGGGACGUUUCGCUCGGAGGAACGUCUGCGACUCAGCGACAGAAAUUCCAUACUGAUGACGUUAAAUCUGUCCGGAAUCCGGUCAGAAGCGCUGAUUGGUCGACGGAGUAGUUACAUUGUUUUAGCUAUUGUUUACGAAUGACAGACAAAAGACAAAAGGCCACAAAGGUCAAAUGUAAACGCGAAGAAUCUCUAACAAAACAGCCACUAUUUGUGGAAUAUAGUCUUCUCUAGAAGAAGCAUUUGAGUUUUUGCUGGAGCUCGUGGGCAGAUGAACACAACACUUUACCAAAAACCACCAGAAGACUCGCAAAAUUGGACAAAUUUAUAUUUGGAACCCCAUGACUACCGGAUUUAUUAUGUAAUCAUUAAUUUGCCUCAUCAGUAAGGAAUUUCUGCCCCUGAGUCGCAGACGUUCCUCCGCGCGAAAGGUCCCCAGCGGGGAAAAAAUCUAAAUCUAAGGAUUUUGUCCGGGACAUUAUUUAGAGUGGUUGGGUUAGCCUUGUCAAAGCGAAUAGGUGAAUCAGUCAACGAGGUGGUCACUCGUCUCGGGAGAGUGAUCAAAAGGCGGGCAGUGUACUUUCGUUUCAUCACAACUUGUCGCAAAAUUCAUUUUCCCAAAAUAGCAAUUUAGUCAAUAUUAUCAUUGCAGGUCCCAAGCCAUCGCUCUUUAAUGGUGGAAAAUGGAGUUUUAGAUGUGAUAUUCCGUGAAAUUAAGCACCGCUUUCACAGCCUGAGAAUCAAACGAGAAAUCGGUAUGUUACUUGGUAACCUGGCUCUGGAGGAAAGUGCCCACGACGGCAUGGUGGAACAAGGUUGGUUGCUUAGUCAAUGCUCUAAAACGACUAGUUAAAAUUAACUGCGAAAACGAGCGCAGUAACGAUCGAAAAUAUAUUUUUCACUUCCGGCAGCUGUCGCCAUGCGGACUACUUUUUAAGUCACGGGAACUUGAUCUGUUUGAGAACUAGAAUUUCAUAAUCCUAAGCGUCCUAAUUUUCGCUUAAGACGGGUGUGUUCUCUUACCGUUUAUCAAAACCAUAAGUUUAUUUCGCAUCACAAAAAGUCGGCUUUUUGCUUCAAUCUUAAGUUAACACACCUUUGUCCUUCUAUUUUGUAGGUUGCUUACCGCUUCUACGUUCGUGGCUGUACUCUGAUGUAAGUUGAAAAGUCGCAGGGGGAACUUAGGCUUUGUCCCCACGAAUCCGGAUAUUUUUGAAACCACAUACGUUUUUGCACUGAUCGGCCUUCCGUCUGCACGGAUAAUAAAUGUAGACGCUGCAUAAGAUUUCACGCAUGAAUUUACAGUUGGGAAGACUAGGUCGUUUGACCAAGCAAAAAGCAAGGUCUUAGAAAUUUAUUUCCGAAAAUUUUGAAGUAAAGUUAGGCGAAAAUUUUGAACAAUGUUGGAAGUUUGCGCCCGUGUUGGCAAACGGAUGCAACAACUCCCAACAAUUUGUUGCAACCAACAAUGUUGUUGGCUACGUCUCGGCGAUCAGGCAACAAAAGCGUGUUGGCUGAAAAGUUUGAUCGGUUUCAAACUUUGCGCAACAACAUCCCAACAAUGUUGCAAACGGACGCAACAUGUAACAUCCAAUAAUGUUGGGAGUUGUUGGCCAACAAUGUUGCGUCCGUUUGCAAAAGGAAAAAAACUUGGGACUGUGUGAAAAGCCUUUUGUAAACCCUAAGGACAAUGUUUUGUUCGGAAGAGCACUCAUUUUCACCCAUUUCGCUCAAAUUCAACUUUGUUUGAUCCAACAUUUUAGUUGCCCAACACUUUUGACCUCCAUUGUAGCCACAGUCGAAGACAAUAAACUUUAAUCUAGAUUUUUACUCGACCAACUCCGUUGGUUCCCCUAAAAUGGUUAAUUUUGCACUAAAACGAAAAGCAACGGCUUUGACCGGUUUCCCUACUUUGCGCAACAACAUUACCCCCCCAUCCCAGAGAGUGCACGGGCGUACGUCAAACGGACGCGAUAGGUUCCAUCCAACAAUGGGGCUUGGGAGUUGUUGGCGGGCGGACGCAAUCGCGUUUAGCAAUGUCCCCGUCCGUUUCUCCCAAACAUUUGCCAAAUUUCUUAAUCAAUUUGAAGUUUCAAGACUUCAAUCUAUAUUUUUACACCCUGUGGUGGUAAGCGGAAAACCUAAGAAAUGUGAGAUAAAUGACCGCAAGACAUUUUUUGUAGGACUUGGCUCUUUUCAGUCACGCUGUCCGAACCCUGGCGAAUCUUGAUCGAGACUUUUGUAAGGAUGAGUGUUACGAGGACGGUGUUUACCUUCUUCAUCCCGAGGGACGGUACUCGUAAGUAGAAUACUUUUGUUACAAUCCCACGGAGCUACAAUUCAGACUUAAAGAGACGUAUUUCUUCCUCUUAAGAGGGUUUGAUUGAUUAUUGAAGUCACAUGGGUUCUGGGAUCGAAAUUGCCAAAGUGUGGGGUGAAGAGUUUAAAUUUGGUGUCUGAAUUGAGAAAUGCUUUUCUUACUGGUCUGGAAUGGGGUCUGCAUUUUGAGCUGGCAAAAGAUAAGAUGUUAGGUCUCUUGUCUAAAACGUGUACUAAACAAGUAAAAUAUACAAGUGAGGAAAGGCUAAGUUCUCGUUCUUCCCUCAGCUCUAGGAUUGCUGCUGACGUCAUCUUUGUCCACGGGCUCCGUGGAGGUCCUUUCAUGACUUGGAGGCAGCAGGAAAAGAAGGCUGCGAAGAAAGACGGUACAGACUGCUGGCCUAAGGUAUUUGCUUGUAAAACUGUGAGACGUAACAUAUCUUGCAACUUACAAACACGUAAGCAAAAAAUUUCAUAACAGCAAGUAUGAUUCGUUAGUCUCUUCCUUUAGCUGCGAAACUCUGAAAAUACAAGCGUUUCUUCUUUUGUUUUCGUGUGCGCGCGCCAAAUAGGGAGUCAUGGCCCCAGGAGUUCUUAGCGGAGACCAUGGGAAGUGGGAAUAAGAAUGGCGGCGUGACAAAAGUCAUGCAUAGAAAGCCUAGAAAAGAUUAAGGCGAAAGAUGCUGAGCCUUUCCGGAACGGGUCAGUCCACGAAUUCUAUCGCUUGAAAGCGUUGAUUACUUUGGAAGAAGUGAUUACUUCAGUUGCCGGAAAAAAUAAGAAUCUUAAUGCAAUACUUCGACGGCGAGGCUAACUGGUCGGGUCUCGUAAACGUUCAUUGGACGCAAAUAUGUCUUGUAAUGAGCAUGCCGUUUAUUUUCGGUGAUGAUUGAAAUCACGUGCCAUGUUAAUUUCGUUUCUGCUCUUUGGCAAUGAUGUAAUUUCUCUCAAAUCCAGGCCCUUGAUUUUUGUGUAUUUACGCACACGUACUUAAUCAAUUCAGAAACAAAUCGUCGAAUACGAUAUGAAAAGUAAAUAUCCUGAGGAAUACCCGACCAUCGAUAAAGUAGGAAGUGAAAAACUUUUAGCGAGGAGAUCCUGUUUCGUGUAGAAUUAAUCGCCUCAUCAUUUCUUAUCUAAUCUCCCAGCAAUCGAGACUUUUAAGAGCGUUCUUGUUCAAAAUAUUUCUCCGAAUCUGAUUGGCUACAAUCACACGAAUAAUUCAUCAUCACCAGCUACAGUUGACCAAAUUUGGAAGAAGUAUGCGAUGUUUGAAAAAUGACGUCAAUUUUACAGCAUAAUUGCCAGAAUACUGGACAGUUAACCGAGAAGACCUGGGGACGAGGUUGGGUUGUUUUUGGUAGUGAGUACAAAAUGGCGGAACAUUUCACUCGUUUCGCGAUAGCAACAACAUUAAUAAUACAACUUGGGGGACGACAUCUGCUAUUAGGAGAAUAUUUGCAGAACUGAACAACCCUUUUUCUCCUAAACUUGCCGAUAAAUAGGCAAUUGAAGAUGAACUUAACAUCGAUGGAGGUAAGCAUGGUUUAGCUUGUUUUUAAACUAGGAAUUAUUUUGAAUGAAUAAUAAAAUAACUAUUGAAUUCGGCUUUCGUAUCAUCAGAAGAAUUAUGUGGAUCUCGGGGGAUGUUAUCGCCGAGGCCGAUUUAACAGCCUCCUUCUCCAUAUAAAUUCUUCAGAUGAUACUCAGCCUCAUCCAAUAAUUGUUAAUUAUUAGAUAAAUAUUGCGUUGUUGACCAAGCGUGAGGUCAAGAUCGCUUUUUUUGGCGUUUUUAUCGACAGAGAAUUAAAAGACGUCGAGGUAAAUAAAUAAACGAGGCCAAUACCAAACAGUUUUGGAUUUAAGAUAUGGCCAAAACAAAAUCUGUUUUUGCGGGACAAAGCCGAGAAUUCUGAGCGCUCGGUUAGCCUAUCAGAACGCAUCAUCGCUUCUACGUGCCUGCUCGCGGAAUAGGCCAUAUAAUCUUGUAUUAGGUGCUUCGCAUUUCACGGGGUACAAAAUCCCCAUGCUAGAGAGCAAGAGACGCACUGGGACAAGAUAAACAAACAGCUUACAUCAUUUAAAAUGGUAAUCUCUUUUGUCGUUUGUUGUCUUCUCCAAGUGCCUCUCUUGCUCUCUGGUAUGACGGUUUGUACCACGCGAAGACUGGCUGAAAAGGGCCUAAAAUCCUACUGAUGUGUAAAUUCGAGGGCAUUUGUGCGCGUAAGCGUAUCCUCUACGUGAAACGUGCUUCUGUUCUCUUGUAGUCAUGGCUGGUACGUGAUAUUCCUAACAUCCGUGUCCUUAUGGUUGAGUAUGACACUUCACUCUCACAUUGGGUUUCCCAAUGUCCUCAGGAACCUGAGACGUAAGUUUAAGUUCACUUGUUGAUGCUUGGCUUGCGCGUACAACUGCUAGUGUCUCACCUCCAUUCUCUAAAUAAUUUUUUUCUUGCAUCAAUUGAGGUCAUUUUUUUAGCAUUAAUUUAGGGGCUGUUUACUUGGAGGGAGGAAGAUUGUACCACAAGGAAGAUCCUAGAGGGCGGAUCAUCCUAGCGUCAUAUGUUUUCUGUAUUCGGUGUUCAUUUAAAGGGUUGAACUUGUCCCUAGCGCUAGAAUCUUCCUAGCUGAGGGGUAGGAAGAUCCUAGUACUAGGAAGAUCCUCGCACCAUUUAAGCAGCCUUCGCUAGGAAGAUCCUAGUAAUAGGGACAAACGAGACAAAAUGGCGGCGGGUCCUUCAGUGCUUAUCACGGCUGUACCAGUCACUACUGGCGUAACUUGAUAAAUCUGAAACUGUGUCAUGAAGCUUUGAUUAAGUGUUUUGGUGCUUUCAAGCACAGGUUUGAGUAGGUGCGUCCUGUGUAAAUUCCCUUUUACACCCAUUUACAUGAGGCAAACAAAAAAGACGCCUUAUCCCUAGACAAUGAUGAUUAGAUCGACAACUCAUCAUAGGCUUUAUGACAUUCCCUUGUUAGUCGGUCCUUGAUGUAUCGAAGCGAGGAAAUAAGACGCAAGUUACGAAAGGCAGGAGUGGGUAAAAGGCCUGUUAUAUGGGUGGUGCAUUCCAUGGGAGGUAAGGUUUUCGUGAAGAUAAAAGACAUUACUUUUAGUCAAUCGCAUUCUCUUACUCUUUUCCGUGAAAACUUGAACGGAUUGAAAAUGAUGAGAACGACACCAAUGACUUGUAGAAAGCAGGAAAAUAUAUCAAUACAAUUUGAGGAAAAAUCGUGUCAAAGUCAGCGAGUUUUCUUCCCUCCGGUGGCGGGCGUGGCAAUCAUGGAGAUUCUCCAUAGUAAAACCAGAUCCAAAUAUAGUACAUUCAGCUUAAAAGAGAAAUGAAACAAUCACCGCUUAAAGUAAACGUGCAUUCCCCUUACCCCUGCUGAACGAAGUAAAUAAUUUAUUCGGCCUAUUUCGAGCGCAAAAGCUCAUUCACUGUUGGCAGUAACUUAAAGGGGCUGUGUCACCCUGACUGGAUCAUUUUUUUUAUGAUGCCAAUAACACGUCCUUAUUCGCUAUGAAAUUGAGAAAUUACUUGUGAAUGACAAAAUCACAGCUUUGUGUCAAACAAAUAUGUCCCCCCAAAAUAUAUUUCAAACAUUGCAAACAACAAAUGAAUUUAAAAAAAACUGUUAGGCUAACAAGUUUUUGAAAACCACAAUUGCAAUCCGUUUCAAUCCUCUUCAAGUUUGUCCAUCCGUGUCUCCUUUUGUAUUUGCGGUGUUGUUUACACCUGGUUUUAUCGUUUUGAGUAGUCAUUUUUAUGUUUAACUCAAUCUUACUGUUUGAAUUUUGAUAAAUUUCGUGACACAGGAUUCAAGGAUUCCCAAACAGGAAGACUUUGACUUUUCUAUGCAUACUUUUAUUGUAUUUAAGAGAUCAAUAAAAUAGGUUUACACCUCAUGUUCGUUUGUGCGUCCUAUAAAGGCCGAUAACGUUUCUGCGGUAAAGAAUGGAAUCGGAUCCAGAUAAAGUAGUUCAAAUUCACUAGCUUCGUUUCGAAAACUGGUAAAAAGCCAUCUCUCGUCAAUUAAGAUUUUCAAGUAACGACCUCUCUUUUAAUAGUGAUUGCAACCAGAUGGUUCCUUCACCUUUCUCAUAUUUGAUGCACAUCAUCUUUAGGUCUGCUAGUAAAGCAAUUACUUUUGGAUGCAGAGAGGAACGACGAGUUUCGGUAAUAUGUCCUCAAUAAUUUCUUGGCUACUUCUUUUUUCUUUUCAACGCCUUUCUUUCUAUUUUGUUUUUGUUUUUCUCACUGAUGAAUUAGACUUUAACUGUUUAUAGUUGCAUGUACGACAACACGAAAGGUGUCGUGUUUUACAGUACACCGCACUUGGGCUCAGCCUUAGCCUCUUACUCAUCCCAGGCCCGUCACCUGAUCCUCCCAUCAGUAGAAGUAAAAGAAUUGUGCCAAAGUAAGUGGUUCUUUUUGUUGUUUCCCUCUUCGAUGAAUGCAAAAGAUUGCUACUUUCGGGGACAAAUUGUCUUGGUACUGUCGUUAGAUGGGGUAUUAUACGGAAAACAAGACAAUCGGGGCCCCGCCCUCACAACCUUACCAAUGUAGACUUGUUUAUUGUUUCCUACAGGUAAGAAGCGUUAUAGUAUUGUUUAGGGGUUGUUGGGUAAGAGGAAAGCUCGCAUUUUUCGCUUUGAAGUAGGUUCAUAUGUCGGUAAAACGGGAGAACCGUCGUUAAGGUGUCGCAACUAAUUUUCUCGCUGAUUAAGUGAUAUGGGGGUUGAUUAAGUGAUUAACAUUUAUUCUGUAGGCUUUUUUGGCGGGGUGCUUUUAGUCUUCAUGAACCAUUACCCUUAGCUUUUCUGUCGUAAUGUGGAUGUUACCUAGUUUCUUUUCAUUCUUUUGUAUAACCUCGUUGUGAUGGCAUCAUCUGCAACCUUCUUAGAAACAGUAGGAAUUUCAUUGUGUGUGUCAAAAAGAAGCGAUUGAAGCGGUACUAAAUUGAGAACUGCGGACAGUGUUAGCGGACACAAACUGUUGGUUUGCCUCGCAAUUUGGUACUAAUAGCGAACAAUUACCUCAUCUAAUGCUGUCCAGGUACAGUUAUUCCUUGACUGCCUUGGAGCCAUCUUCUUGAACAAUUUUCAUUAAAAGGUUCUAGGUUAGAGGAGUAUACAGUAUACUAUCUAUGCUUAGGCUAUACUUUUUAUGCUUCUUUUCGUAACAGAAUCGCCUUUCCUGGCUCGACUUCAUGAGAAUUUUCUGGACUUGGUAAAACGCCACCCUAUAAGGCUACUCAGUUAUGGAGAGACUGUACCAAUGCAGCUCACGUGGAUGUUCCAAACGGUGCUUGUCACCAAUGAUUCUGCAGGUGAGUGGCCAUCACUAACCGGCGUCAGAUAUUACAGACCUUUAGCGUCAGGUUUCUUCUUGGGAAACCGCAAACGGUAGACUGCACUUUGCAGUUACGCGCUUGCAGAUUUCAAAAUUUUGUUCAAAUUUUGAAUUUUAGCAAAACGUUCGUUGUUUAGUGCCGCCACGUUUUUUUUUUCGUCAAUUGGAAGAGCUUCACUCUGAUCGCCUAAAAAACAUGAAGAGUUCAUUGAUUCGAAUUCAAAUUUUAAGUAGCACAUCUCAGGUGGAUGUAGAAACCUAUUUCUUGCCUUUAAAGGUGAGGCUGUGCAAUUCAUAAUGGCAAAAAAUUCUUGUCUUACAUCACUUACCGCUGGAAGCCCUUCCUAGCGUUCAAACGUGAACUGCAAACCGCAAGCAUGAUCGCAACACCAUGGUCACGUGACAUCCUUAAGUUUUCCGUUUGCCGUUAACCACAAAAACCUGAUGCUUAAGGUGUCUAUUGUACCCAGUGACAACCAGUCUUGAUGCGUUUUGUUUAGACGUUAAUUAAAAAUCCAUUUUCAAUUAUUAAGUCAUCCAAGAAUAGAGCCAUCUUGCUUGCUUGAUUCGUCUUUGGAUGUUUGUUUUCGUUUUCGUGUGUCCUUCCACUCAAGCAUCAAAUCUUGCGCCCAUUAGUUCAUUUUUUCCUUGCAUCUAUCUAUGUAUCCAUUAUUUCCCAUUAGUCAAUGAAACUGGCGUCAAUCAUCUUGUGUUAGUCUCUUUUUGAAAAGAAAAAGUAUCUACAGCAAACGCGCAAAUUUGAUUGCAUUUGUCAUUGAAGAAGAAGUAACGCUACGCAUCGGUUAUAAACAUAGAUGGCUAGAGGAUUUGAUUACCCUUUUACCCAGCAGUUACGUGUUAAUAUCCCUAUCCUCUUGUCAUGUUUAUGGUUCGGCUAUUAACCAUAAUUAUACAUUAUUACCGGUCUAAAUUUUCACACACCGGUGUCAAAAAGCAAAUCACAAUCACGAGGGAGCCGGAGCGCUUUUUUGUCUAUUGAUUUUGUUUGUCGCUCUUUACAGAUCUGGGUGUAGGGGAAUUUGUACCCCUGGAUGUAGACCAUGUGGAUGUUUGCAAGCCCAGUAGCCAAACAGAUGAACGGUAUCUGAGGACUCUUCAGUUUAUACGAGAGAUUCUAUCAAAUUAAUUAUACAGAAGAUAUUUUAAUUUAUUGAACAUGAUGUUUAUUAAUUCUUGCAUUGCCUACUUUGUCGACAGUGGCUAAUGAGUCAAUCGUGCUCUGAAAUUUUUCUUGGUCUACAAAGACCGUAAAAUAGUUACUCCCUUUAAUUGAUGCGAUAAGGUCUAACAAGAAGUUCGGAUGUAGAUCAUCACAUGUUUUCUAUUUCUUCGUUCUUUCGACAUUGUAACUUUUUUUCUGACCUGCCUAUUAGCAUUCAAUAAAAAAAAAUUGUGAAAAAGUCUUGUGUACUGUAAUUCUGUAUCAAAACCACUUGAAAUAAUGGCUUCUGAGUGAAACUUUUGUGUCCUCAGAUACGCUAGGCUUGGGGAAAUAAAACAAAACAAAUUAUCUGAGGCUCAGCGAUGAAUAAUACAUUCUUUUGUUUUAUUUCAUUUUGAAUUUUAAUAUAUCGAAAAUGGUCCAUUCGCACAGCUGCUUGCCAUGUGACUGGGAACACUUUUUUAUGCAGUCUUGAUUUCAACGUCAAAAUGGCGCUUAAAUUAGACGUCAGCACGCGCGCUGUAAUGGGACUAGUUAUUGGGGGAAAAAAAAAUUUUUUUCAGGAUCUCGCGGAAAAUAAUAAACAUAAAAAAAAAUAGUUAAAUGAAAGAGUAGAACAACAACAAAAAAACUCAGUAAAAGAUAAGGCAAAAAACAAAGCAAAUAGCUUUUUCAUGACGUUUAAAUAAUGGGGAAGGUACCAAAGGAAAAAACACCGAGAAUUAGUGGGAAGAGAGGGCCAAACAACACGAUAUGGCUUACUUCUCGCUCUCUAAAUAUUACUCAACGUACUUCGCUAUCUUUCCGAUUUCGUGACUACAUAAGAUGGACGAUUUUCUUGUACAGGCUUUCUAUCCGGAAAAUAACAAAAUAAUUAUUAUUUCAUUCCAUGUUUAAGCCUCAACGAAGCAUAAAAAAGAAGAAGAAAAUGAGUUACCCCUUCGGAAAAUACCCACUUUGGUAAACAUGGCCAAAAUUCAUAGGUUGACGCUUUAGAAAAACACCAAAUUAAAGACUGUAUAACAUGUACGUUUCUACGGUAUAGAAAGGCUUGUAUUUAUCAAAAACAUCACAAAACAUUAUUUCAGCGUAGUUUAAAGUUUCUAAAAGGCAGUUAAGGAAAAUCAUUUGAAAAAUCUCCAGUGUUCUGAUUAUAUAAUAUUCAUGUUUUAAUAGUCUAGAAAGGUUUGUUUUCAAUCGAUAACAUCAUCAAACAUUAUUUCAUUGCAAUGUGUUUUAAAGAAAGAAACUUCAUAUUUUUGGCCAAAAUCAUGGGUCAACCCCUUUGGAAAAUCUCCAAUUUAAUUACUAUCUACUAUGCAUGCUGUUCAAGGCAGGAAACGAUCCUUUUCUCUCGAGGACGUCACCGAAUAUUAUUUUAAUGUGUUUUAAGGUUUAAAACAAAAGAGAAAAAACUUUUCAUAUUUUUGGUCAAAAUUAUGGAUUAACAACUUUGGAAAAUCUCCCGAUUAGUGAAUAUAUAACAUCUAUGUUUUCUGAGUCUAGAAAGGAUUGUUUUUUUUUUUCUGGAGAACAUCGCAAAACAUUAUUUAACUGUGUUUUAAAGUCUAAAUCAUAGUAUUAACAAAUUGCAUAUUUUUGGCUAAAAUCAUGAGUUAACCCCUUUGGAAAAUCUCCAAUUUAAUGACUAUAUACCAUGCAUGCUUUUCGAGUGUAGAAAGGAUAGUUUUCUCUCUAGAAUAUUACAAAAUAUUAUUUCAAUGUGUUUUAGAGUCUAGAACGGAAUAUGAAAUGAUUUCAUAUUUUUGGCCACAAUCAUGGGUUGGAAUAUCUUCUUUUAAGGGACGAUAUAACAAGGAUGUUUUUUUAGUCUAGAAAGGAUUGUUUUCUUUCGAGAACCUCACAAAAUCUUAUUUCAAAAUGUCUUAAAAGUCAAAGCAAACUAUAAAAAAAUUUCACCGGUUUGGCCAGAAUCAUGGGUUAACCCCUUCCGAAAAUCUCCAAUUUACUGACUAGAUACCAUGCAUGCCUUUCGAGUAUGUAUGUUUUUUAAGUCUAAAAAGGAUUGUUUUUUUCUGGAGAUCAUCGCAAAACAGUAUUUAAACGUGUUUUAAUUUUCAUAUUUUUGGCGGAAAUUAUGGGUUAACCCCUUUGGAAAAUCUCCCGGUUAGUGACUACAUAACAUGCAUGUUUUUUGAGUCUAGAAAGGACUGUUUUCUCCGGAGAACGUCUCUAAACAUUAUUUAAAUGUGUUUUAAAGUAUAAAACAAAGAAUUUAAAAAUUUCAUAUUUUUAGCCAAAAUCAUGGGUUAAACCCUUAGGAAAAUCUCCAAUUUACUGACUAGAAACCAUGCAUGCUUCUCGAGAACAUCACCAAACAUUAUUUCAAUGUUUUUUAAAUUUAAAAACAAACUAUAAAACAAUUUUCCUAUUUUUGGCCAAAAUUAUGGGUUAACCCCUUUGGAAAUUCUCCCGAUUAGUGACUAUAUAACAUGCAUGUUUUUUGAGUGUAGAAAGGAUUGUUUUCUCCGGAGAACAUCGCCAAAAAUUAUUUAAAUGUGUUUUAAAGUAUAAAACAAAGCACUAAAAAUUUCAUAUUUUUAGCCAAAAUCAUGGGUUAAUCCCUUUGGGAAAUUCUUAAUUUAAUGACUAUAUACUAUGCAUGCUUUUCGAGUCUAGAAAGGAUCGUUUCGUCUCGAGAACAUCACCGAACAUUAUUUUAGUGUGUUUUAAAGUUUAAGACAAAGUAUUGAAAAAUUAUGGGUUAACCCCUUUGGAAAAUGUCCUGGUUAGUGACUAUAUAACAUAUGUUUUUUGAGUCUAGAAAGGAUUGUUUUUUUUUCUGGAGAACAUCGCAAAACAUUAUUCAAAUGUGUUUUGAACUCUAAAUCAAAGUAUUAACAAAUUUCAUAUUUUUGGGCAAAAUCAUGAGUUAACCCUUUGGAAAAUCUCCAAUUUACUGACUAGAUACCAUGCAUGCUUUUCAAGUCAAGAAAGGAUCGUUUUCUGUCGAGAACAUCACUAAACAUUAUUUCAAUGUGUAUUAAAGUUUAAAACAAAGUAUUAAAAAAAAAUUAUAUUUUUUUUCCAAAAUUAUGGGUUAACCCCUUUGGAAAAUCUUCCGUUUAGUGAGUAUAUAAAACGCAUUUUCUUUUAGUCUAGAAAGGAUCGUUUUCUCUCAAAAACAUUACUAGACAUUAUUUUAAUGUGUCUAAAAGCCUAAAAGACAGUACUGAAAAAAAUUAUAUGUUUGCCUAAGAUCAUGAGUUAACCCCUUUGAAAAAUCUCUAAUUUAAUGACUCUAUACCAUGGAUACUUUGCAAGUAUAGAAAGGAUCGUUUUCUUUCGAGAACAACACCCAACAUUAUUUCAAUGUGUUUUAAAGUUUAAAACGAAGUAUAAAAAAAGUUUUACAUUUUUGGCCAAAAUUAUGGGUUAACCCCUCUGGAAAAUCUCCCGGUUACUAACUAUAUGACAUGCAUGUUUGUUUGAGUCUAGAAAGGAUUGCUUUUUUAGGAGAACAGCGCAAAACAUUGUUUAAAUGUGUUUUAAAGUAAAAAACAAAGCAUUAAAAAAUUUGAUAUUUUGGGCCAAAAUCAUGGGUUAACCCUCUUGGAAAAUCUCCAAUUUAAUGACUAUAUAUCAUGCAUGGUUUUCGAGUCUAGAAAGGAUAGUUUUCUCUCUAGAACAUUACAAAUCAUUAUUUUAAUGUGUUUUAGAGUCUUGAACGAACUAUAAAUAAACAUUUCACAUGUUUGGUUAAAAUCAUAAGUUAACCCCUUUGGAAAAUCUCCAAUUUACUGACUAGAGAUCAUGCAUGCUUUUCGAGUCUAGAAAGGAUCGUUUUCUCUCCAGAACAUCACCAUACGUUAUUUCAAUGUGUUUUUAAGUCUAAAACGAAGUAUGAAAAGAUUUCAUAUUUUUGUCAACAAACAUGGUUUGGAAUAUCCUCAAUUAAGGGAAGAUACAACAUGAAUGAUUUUCGAGGCUAGAAAGUAUUGUUUUCUCUGGAGAACCUCACGAAACAUUUUUUCAACGUGUUUGACAGUUUAAAACGAGGGAUAAAUCUUUUUUUACAAGUUUAGCCAAAAUCAUGGGUUAACCGCUUUGGAAAAACUCCAAUUUUCUGACUAGAUACCAUGCAUGCUUUUCAAGUAAAGAAACGAUCCUUUUCUCUCGAGAAAAUCACCAAACAUCAGUUUAAUGUGUUUUAAAGUAUAAAACGAAGUAGGAAAACUUUUUUAUAUUUUUGGCCAAAAUUAUGGAUUAACCCCGUUGGAAAAUCCUCCGAUUAGUGAAAAUAUAACAUGCAUGUUUUCUGAGUCUAGAAAGGAUUGUUUUUUUUUUACUGGAGAACAUCGCGAAACAUUAUUUAACUGUGUUUUAAAGUCUAAAUCAAAGUAUUAACAAAUUUCAUAUUUUUGCCCAAAAUCAUGCGUUAACCCCUUUGGAAAAUCCCCAAUUUAAUGACUACAUACUAUGCAUGCUUUUCGAGUUUAGAAAGCACAGUUUUCUCUCUAGAACAUUACGAAACAUUAUUUCAAUGUGUUUAAGAGUCUAGAACGAAGUAUGAAAAGAUUUCAUAUUUUUGGCCACAGUCAUGGCUUGGAAUAUCCUCAAUUAAGGGACGAUAUAACAUGCACGUUUUUUAGUCCAGAAAGGAUUGUUUUCUCUCGAGAACCUUACGAAAUAUUAUUUCAAUGUAUCUUAAAGAUUAAACGAACGAAAAAAAUUUCACAGGUUUGGCCAAAAUCAUGGGUUAACCCCUCUGGAAAAUCUCCAAUUUACUGAGUAGAUACCACGCAUGCUUUUCGAGUCAAGAAAGGACCGUUUUCUCUCAAGAACAUCACCAAACAUUAUUUCAAUGUGUUUUAAAGUUUAAAACAAACUAUAAAACAAUUGUCAUAUUUUUGGCCAAAAUUAUGGGUUAACCCCUUUGGAAAAUCUCCCGUUUAGUUACUAUAUAACAUUAAUUUUUUUAAGUGUACAAAGGAUUGUUUUCUCCGCAAAACAUCGCCAAACAUAAUUUAAAUGUGUUUUAAAGUCUAAAACAAAGCAUUAAAAAAUUUCAUAUUUUUAGACAAAAUCAUGAGGUAACCCAUUUGGAAAAUCUCCAAUUUAAUGACUAUAUACCAUUCAUGCUUUUCGAGGCAAGAGAGGAUCGUUUUCUCUCGAGAACAUAACCAAAAAUUGUUUCAAUGUGAUUUAAUGUCUAAAACAAUGUAGAAAAAAAAUUUCAUAUUUUUGGCCAAAAUUAUGGGAAAAUCUCCCGUUUAGUGACUAUAUAACACCACCAAACAUUAUUUCAAUGUGUUUUAAAGUAUAAGACAAAGUAUUGAAAAAUUUCAUAUUUUUGAGCAAAAUCAUGGGUUAACCCCGUUCAAAAAUCUUUAAAUUAAUGACUCUUUACCACGCAUGCUUUUCUAGUAUAGAAAGGAUCGGUUUCUCUCGAGAAUAUCACUUAACUUUAUUUCAAUGUGUUUUAAAGUCUAAAACAAAGUAUGAAAAGAUUUCAUAUUUUUGGCCAGAAUCAUGGGUUGGAAUAUCCUCAAUUAAAGGACGAUAUAACAUGCAUGUUUUUUUAAUCUAGAAAGGAUUGUUUUCUCUCGAGAGCCUCACCAAAUAUUAUUUCAAAUGCGUUUGAAAGUUUAAAACGAAAUAUAAAAAAAAAAUUCGCGUUUGGCCAAAAUCAUGGGUAACGCCUUUGGAAAAUCUCCAAUCUACUGACUAGAUACCAUGCAUGCCUUUGGAAAAUCUCCAAUGUGCUGACUAGAUACCAUGCAUGCCUUUCGAGUCAAGAAAGGAUCUUUACUCUCGAGAACAUCACCAAACAUUAUUUAAAUGUAUUUUAAAGUCUAAAUCAAAGAAUUAACAAAUUUCAAAUUUUUGGCCAAAAUCAUUGGUUAAACCCUUUGGAAAAUCUCCAAUUUAGUGACUAUAUAACACGCUUGUUUUUAUAGUCUAGAAAGGAAUGUUUUCUAUCGUCAGAUCACCAGGAAACAUUGUUGGGUAGUAUGUUAAUGUUUCAAACGAAGUAUGCAUAAAUUUUAUAUGUUUUGCUAAAAUCACGGUUUAAUCCCUGUGGAACAACUACAAUUCAGAGACCAUGAACCAUGCAUUUUUUUCGAGUCUAGAAAGGAUUGUUUCUAUCGAGAACAUCACGAAACAUUAUUUUAAUGUGUUCAAAAUUUGAAAACAAAUUUUAAAAACAUUUAAUUUUUUUUGGAAACUUCUUUGGAAAAUCUCCAAUUUAGUGACUAUGUAACGUGCACGUUUUUAUAGUCUAGAAACGAUUGUUUUCUAUCGACAACAUCACCAAAAAUUGUUUCAAAGACUUUUAAAGUCUAAAACGAAGUAGGAAAACAUUUUAUGUUUUUGGCCAAAAUCAUGGGUUGAUCCCUUCGGAAAAUCUCCGGAUUAGUGACUAUAUAAAAUGCAUGUUUUAAAGGAUUAUUUUUUAUCGAGAACAUCAACAAUCACUAUUUCAAUGUGUUUUAAAGUCUAAAACAAAGUAUGAAAAAAAUAUCAAACUUUUGGCUUAACACAUGAUUUAACCUUUUAACUUUUAGUGACUAUAUAACAGGCAUGUUUUUAUAGAAUAGAAAUGAUUAUUUCUUAUCGACAAGAUCCCAAAACGUUGAAAGAUCACUAUUUCAAUGGUUUUCAAGUCUAAAGCGAAGUAUUAAAUAUGUUAUAUUUCAGGCAAAAAUCAAAUGUUUACCCCUUUGGAAAAUCUCCAAUUUACUGGCUACAUAACACGCAUGUUUUUUUAUAGUCUAUAAACGAUUGUUUUCUGUCAAGAAGAAAACCAGACACUAUUUCUUUGCAUUUUAAAGGCUAAAAUGCAGUUUUCAGAUUUUUCAACCAAAAUCAUAAAUUAACUCUUUUGGAAAAUCCCUAAUUUAGUGACUAUAUAACAUGCAUGUCUUUAUAGUCUACAAAGGAUUGUUUCUUAUCGACAAAAUUAUGAAACAUUAUUUCAUUCGAUUUUAUUAUCUAAAACGAAGUAUGAAAAAUUUCAUAUAUUUGGCCAAAUUCAUCGUUCAACCCCUUUGGAAAAUCUCCAUUUUGGUGACUGUAUAACAGGCACGUUUUUAUAGUCUAGAAAGGCUUGUUUUCUAUCGCGAACAUUAAGAAACAUUUUCAUUCACACUUAACACGAAGUAUGAAACAUUUUCAAAUUUCUUUGGAAAAUCCCCAAUUUAUUGACUAUAUAACAUGCCCGUCUUUAUAGUCUAGGAAGGAUUGUUUUCUGUCGAGGAUAUCACCAAACAUUAUUUCUUUGCAUUUUAAAGUCUAAAACGAAGCAUGAAAAAAAUUCACAUUUUUGGCGAAUGUCGUGGGUUAACCCCUUUGGAAAAUCUCCAAUUUAGUGUCUAUAAAACAUUCUUUUUGAAUAUUCUAGAAAGGAUCGUUUCUCAUCGACACCAUCAACAAACAUCAUUUUAUUGCAUUUUAAAGUCUAAAACGAAGAAAAAAGGUUUUUUUGGGGUAAAAAUCAUGGGUUAACUCUUUUGGAAAAUCUCCAAUUUAGUGACUAUAUAACAUGCCUUUUUUAUAGUGUAGAGAGGAGUUUUUUUCUUAUCGACAGCAUCACCAAAUAUUAUUUCAUCGCAUUUUAACGUCAAAAAUGAAACAUAAAAAAUUUAUUAAAUUUUUGGCCAGUCUUGGGUCAACACCUUUUGAAAAUCUCCAGUUUGGUGACUAUAUUACAUACACUUUUUCAUUGACUAGAAAGGCUAUUUUUUCUAUCGAGAAUAUCACCAGUUAUUAUUUAAAUAAAUUUUAAUUCAAUAAAUUUUUGGCUAAAAAUUGGUUAACUACUUUGGAAAAUCUCCUAUUUAGUGGCUAAAUAACAUGCCUGACCGUUCCAUGCAUGUACAAUUUUCGAAGCUUAUCUAAUGCAUGUACAAUUUUCGAAGCUUAUCUAAUAAAUUCCUUACGAUUUUCUGAAGUUUAAAUUUUUUCCAUUUCACUCCCCAAGUUAAGCUAUUUUUCGUAGAGAAUUAAGGAAUCCUAAAAUUUUCGGAACCGAAAAUACGAUAAAAUUCUCACUUUCCUAAAACUUCCAAUUGGAAGCUAACUUUUUCGGGAAAUAAUGUUGAAGCCCUUGUAAUUUCGAAACGACUGAAGUUGUCCUAGGAUGCUAGGAUGCAUUUAGGAGGAAAUCGCCGUCAGGUGCCCCUGACGAAAGAAGGGCUAUCAAUCAUAAUUUAUGUGAAGAUAUCUCGUUGUGCUAUGCUAAGACGAAUCAAGCGCUGUAAACGUGUACUAUAUCUCGUUCUUCACAGGACGAAAAAAACAAGAAUCUGUAAACUAAAAACACUGUAGAAUGGGGGAGGAUUGGUUGUAAAUAUAAAAGCGACUGUUUUUUUAUGUCUUAUCUUAAAUUCCUCUUUGUUUUAAUUUAGUCCUCAAGGCACUACCAAGUUUCAGGAGGGUGAAAAAUCCACUCGUGCAUCAGAAUAGGCAUUUGAAAGACGCAGUAAACUAGCGCGACAUAAUAAAAAAUUAUUUUCGCGCCGCUUAAAUAAUAGUCUGCUAUGACGACACUAAAACGGCUGUGUAGCAGACUAUUUAAGACACUUAAAUAACUGUAGGCCGUAAUACUUCUGAUGACGCUAAAUCGGUCGCCGUAACUUCAUAGGCGAAUGUUUGUUUAGAUGGUUGUACUUGUAAAGCAGACGGCAAUCACAAGAAAGACAACAGGAUGAUUACGGAAUUUGGACAAUAAGACUGAAGCAUACGCGAUGUAAUAUUUCAAGAAGAACAAAUCUGGAUACAUUGUUUAAAUACCGGUUUCGCUUUUUGUGUUAUUGCCGGCCGGAUCAAUUAAGCAACAUUGAAACCGUUUUGGAAUUUUGGUACAUCUAGAAAAGCAGGCUGGUCUUCAUUUGAUCACUACGAUCCUUGCAAUCGCUAAAAAAGAAAUACAAUUUAGCGACCCUGGCACUUGAUGAUUUCUAUUUGAUCGCGAUUGCUGCGAUCGGCAAGAAAGUGACUUAAGUCCGAAAGAUCACUGUUUCUGAGAAAACUGCAAAUGUGUUUUAAAUUAAGGAAAGUUAAGAUAACCCUUGCACAGCUUCGUCAGUAAACAUUUCUGCAAAGAACUUUGAUUUUGCAGUGCUAAUAUAGUUCUACCCAUAAAUCCAGUAGGUCCCACCGUUCACUGUUUAUACUUUUCAAGCGACAACGUUUUUUCAAUCAGAUACUAUCGCUUCGAUCGCUGAGAUAUAACUUUUUCUUUCUCGAUAGUUACCAAAAAAGGGUGCCGUUCAUAAUCACUUACGGUUCCUUUUUGUAGAGGAAAUUUAUUUAGCUUAUAGAUAACACGCCUUGCGUGCUUUUGCGCACACUGAAAGCGUGUUGUGCUUUUUCGCACGGAGCUUUUGUUUGAAAACUUUAACACACUCUUUUGUUCGACUUGCUCACGCUUAAUUGUCUCAAGCGUGUCCUCUGAAACAAAAGAAAUUGCUAAUGACGCAAGAUUGCAAGCCUGCUAAAGCGUGUUAAAAUAAAUUCUUUUGUUUUAAAGUGAAAGCGUGUCGUGCGCGUGCUUUCACCUUUAGCAUUAAAAUCCUGUCGAGGGUCACAUAUACCAUGCAUGGUUUUAUAGUCCAGAAACAUCAUCAAGGAUUAUUUCCUUGGAUUUGUCCUUUCUCCAAAUGUUCUCGACGGUAUCUUUCAGCGGAAGUUUGGUAAUAGUUGAGAAAGUUUGGUGGGAGAAAACUAGAAAUGGCUUACUGGUGACAGAUUGUUUUGCAAAAGAAACAAAAUUGUGUAGAGCGAACAGGGUCUUUGGCUAGAUAGGCUUGUGUCUAUUGAGAAUAUCUCCAAACCUUAUUCUAUGGAAUUUCUUAGCCCAGAAGUAUGAAAAAUUUCAAAUUUUUAACCAAAAUGAUAAGGUUAACUUCUUUGGAACCAAUUUUUGAAUCGACGACUGUAGAAUAAAAAUUUUUAUAACCUGGAAAGGCUUAUUUUCCAUGGAGAACAUCACCAAACAUUAUGCAAAAACAAAGCACGAAUAUAAUAGGCAUAAUAAUAAUAAAAAAAAUAAAUAAAAAAUAAAAAAUAAAAUACAAUAAUCAUGGGUAAAGUGAAUCCAAUUCCUCGACCAGAUAAGAUGGAAAUUUUUAUACUCUUUAAAGGGAUGUUUUCUAGUGGGAACAUCACCAAAGAUUAUUUCUUUGCAUUUUUAGGCCAAAAACAAAGGAUGAAAAAAUUCCAAAUUUGUCUGGCCAAAAUCAUGGGUUAACGGCUCUAGAAAAAAAUUCAAUUUGGUGACAAUAUAAGAGAUACAUUUUUGUCUGUAAGGGUUUGUUUGCUAUCGAGAAAGUCACCAAACAUUAUUUCCUGACAUUAUUUCAUUAUUUUCCUAGUUGAGAAAGCCUUACUGUUAGAACAUCACGUAUUUUCGUGUCUGCUCCCUGUCUUACUCUCCGUUCUCACCCGCACCACAGAUCUUUCUAAUUAUCUCUGGCGUAUUUAACCUGGACAACAAUACGGGCUUUUUGGCAGUCUUUUUGAAGCCUGCUUCAAGUGCCUUGAGGACGCUUAUCAGUGAGUCUCCCUAAUCAUAUCUAUAAAACGCAAUGAUUACGUUAAGGUUCAAUGUCAUCCUUGGCUGCAAAUGUUUCUUCUUCUUAACACCAUUAUUAUACAUGACCAUGCUCAUAGACAAGGAAAAUAUGAUGUUCACCAAGGAUUAUAUUAUGUUGGCAAACAUCGAUUUUAUUUUCCCUACAUUUUUUAUAUUUAGGAGCUCAAGCCUAGAAGUUGACAAUGCAAGUAUCUGUUGUAGUUUUUUUUGGUUAAGUUUUGUUUUCCUUCUUUUCAAAUUUAUUAGCAUACAUAUUAUUAUUACCUUUUUUACUUUUCAUUAUUACUGUUUUUAUUACACACACAUAGCCAAAAAUAAUGGAAAAAUAAAAAUUAACUAAGGGCCUGUUUACAUGGAGGUGGGGGAUCCCAGGUAGGUGAGGUAACCCGCCUGUCCAUACAAUCUCUCAUUUUACUGUGAUCACGUUUACAUAUUACCUCACCUGCCUGGGGUGCCCCACCUUCAUGUAAACAGGCCCUUAGAUAAAAAAAAAAAUUCUUACAACAUAUCCAAACAAACACCGAAACCAUUAUUUUGGCAAAGUGAAGAAAGUGUGAUUAAUUGUUCCCCUUUUGUCAAAGGAUUUGAUCAGGUGGAAACCGUGCAUUAUUUCUCUGCACGAGUACAAUGAAAAGGCAUCAUUCACUGUCAAGCGCGCAAGACAGCUGCUAACACACCGAAUACUACAAGUCAUCGUUAAAGCACUCUUUUCAGUUAUCCCUGGAUAAAUCUUUAGAAGAGGUCAUGGCAAUCUCCCUUCUCUUUGGUUUUCUUAUUUUUUACUUCGCAGCUAUUUCUACUGCCACUGCAGGUAAAUUUUUCUUUCAUUCAUUCUUUCUUUCUUUCAUUCAGUACCAAAAACUUUGUGCUUGUACAACCAUGUACAAGUGGAAAGUGUCCCCUUAGGGACGGUCAUUAUGAAACUUGAGAAAAAUAUCCAGCUUUAAUAUCAAAAACACACACACAAAAUAAGUACUAAUUCAGGUUAGAAUGCUUUUAGAAAGACCGGUCAAAUUGUAAACACAUAAACUAGACUCUUCCUCUGCCGGAGAGUUGAUCUUGGUUGGAAGUGUGACGCUCGAACAAGAUCAGCAAGUUUUUUGAUUUCUGUUAAGUUUCUCAUAGCUUACAAGUAUUCAGUUUUUAGCCUUCUGAUUCCAAAGUUAGGUUAUCUUAGGCCUUUGUGUAUCCAGGAACCCUGUUGGGGAUUAUGCCGCGAGCGAAGCAAUCUUAAGGUCUUUGAGGGAUAAAAAGAGCCAAUUAUGCGACACGUGAACGGGAUUUUUCUAAAAAAGCAAAACAAAUAAAACUGAAAAUACAGGUCAAACCUUUAUUAUUUUCUAUUAUUCAUUGUUGGCAAACUAUGGAUUUUGUUUGCAGCUGUUUAAGUCGCGAAGGGCCCCUGUUUACUGUGCGAUUUCUUACUGGGGUCAGAUGACUAGUGUUAUACUUUACGUUGCUUAUGCAUUAUAUCAUUGCACGUUUUCGGUGAAAACGGUUGUAAAAAUACAAUUGCAAAGUAAAAUCCCAAAAGAAAAGUAUUUUACAGGGCAUUUUUGAGAGAACAAAUGUAUUGUCUUUUCACUGAUGUGGAAAAACGAUAAGAAUCAAAAUCAUAUUUAGCUUCUCUAUUCACAACUCUCGCACAAAGCUUUCAGAAAUUCCUUCUUCGUUAACUAGGCCUUUUUUCAAGAUGGACACACUCUUUGUUAUGUUAUUUCAAUUUUCUUAAUACUUCCUUAAGAAUGACAAAAACAGCAAUGCAAAAAUAAUCAAACAAAUAAUAAUAAUAAUAAUAAUAAUAAUAAUAAUAAUAAAAACAUCGCCAAUAAGUAGUUGUACCUUGCCUAAGAUCUUGACUUUGGAUGUUGGGUGCAUUUUCGUCUUCAUUGUUUCAGUAAAGCUACGUGCAAACGGACGCAACAACUUCCAAAAAUGUUGGGAGUUGCUGGCCAACAAUGUUACGUCCGUUUGCACGGGGCUAAAAGUAUGACCGGUUUCAAACUUUGCGCAACAGCACACAACAACAUGCAACAGAGUCUGCAAACGGACGCAACAUGUAACAUCCAACUGUACGAAUUGACUUUUCUUAAUUUAACAAUGAUGUCAAUAAAAACACAAAGCGGUUACUAGCAAACGAGUUUUAUUUAACUCCCUCUUCUAGGCUAUGCUUGUUACCAACCAUAAACAAGGAAACAAUCGUCCUAAGUGUGCAGGUUGCCGAGCUUAAGCUAGGAAACAAACUUUCUGGUUCAAUAACACACUUAAUUCUUGAUAGAGCUUUGUGUCAUGUUGUUCUAGGGUAAUGAACCUUCUCCAUCCCAAAUGAAAUUGCUCACUCAAGCUUAUGACCACUACUAUAUCCCAACAUAGCAAAAUACUACAGACAGCCUUGUCCUUUCCCGUGUGGUAUUUCUACCCGAGUUGGAAUCUACCCGGUUAGAACUGAUAACUAUAAAUGGUAUAGAAUCAUAAAUUAUUCAUCAAUGAAUGAAUUAAUAAGAGCAAAAUGAAUGAAACUUGAUUUAAUCAGGGUCAAAUAGUCAGGACUUGGAAAGCACUACAUCACUACGCAAAAUCUACAAUGACAAAAACCGCCACCUGGUUAGUUCAUUUGGAUAAGGGCCGGUGUGCUGAGCAGGAGGCCGCUGGUUCAAACACCGGCCUGAACAAUACUCAGGGCCUUUUAAAACUUGAAGAAAAAGUGCUGCCUUUGUAAAAACAUCUACAAACGGUUAGACUUUCUAGUCUUCUUUGGAUAAGGACGAUAAAUCGUAGGUUACGUUUCACAACCUUUACACAUUCUAAUUCUGUGGGACGUUAAAGAACCCACACAGUAUUCGCUAAGAUUGGGGGACUUAGUCCCCAGUGUGAUGUGGAGCAGAAAUUGGCGCCAAGCGCUGUUGCGGUGACCCUGUCAAGAAUUGGCGAACGUAAUUAAGUCAAAUUAAAUUAAAACUGAUAUUGAUUAUUAAAAGCUAUAACUCCUGUCCUCUUAAUCUACAAUUCGGCCAAAAGGGUUUGCAACACCUUCCUUUUCCCUCCUCUUUUUGGUGAGGAAUUUGCGAGUGACCGACAAUUCCAAUUGUAAAUAUGGCUUUGCUUGGGUUUCCCCCUCCACCCCCGAACAAAGCUGAAGUCCAUGCAUUUUGAAACAUUUUUCAAACCUUUUUGACCCGUAACACCCAACACUGUCUAGGAGGGGGAGGCGGAUUGGUAGAAAAAUGCAUAGAUCAUAUGUAAAUGACUAAGCGUCCCAAACGUUUUAACCAGGAUGGUAGUGAGACUUCGAGCCUGCUUUACACUAAGCGUCGUGUUGAUAAAUCAUUAUUGAAGAACUACUUGUAGCACGCCCCAAAGGCCCUAAGCGAGAGUGCCUUCCACCGCAUAAACGGGAAAGAUGAUCCAAACAACGCACCAGAAUUGUCCAUGAUUAGCUUGCGCUUGGAAUUGGUUUGGGGGAAAAAUUUUGACCCAGUUUACAGCACAACCAAUAAAAGAAGCGAUGGAGUCCCAAAACAGUAAUCCAGUAGGACUGAAGUGGAAGAACAAGAGACAUUUUGUUCUUCAGUGAUGUGUCAACUCCAAAAAAGCAAUUUUGGAACAAGGAUAAUUAGGUGCUAAUCCAGUGAACAACUUUUAAGCCACUACCCCUUGUGCAUUGUGAAUAAACGAAAUCUGUAGGUUUAGUUCGUUGAUUCGGGGAAUAUUCUACAGGGAAUCGAUUUAUAUAAUCACUCCAACAGAAGCUUUGCUAAAGACGUAUAAAUAAAUAAAUAAACAAACAAACAAACAAAUAAAUAAAUAAGUGUUUAUUUGCAGCGUCAGGCACUUGUGACUUUGAAGGAGGUCUGUGCGGAUAUGAGCAUGAUCCGAACGCUGAGUUUCAAUGGAGCAACAACACUGGGUCUACCAAUAGCCCGUUCACUGGACCCUCGGGAGAUCAUUCAACAGGAACAGGUCAACUGUAAAUCAACAUGCCCACUUUUUGUAGUGCAUAUAAAAGCUCAAAAUGAAACUGGCUUCAGAAAUACAGGCAAAAUGAUAUGCCAAUCCACACGUUAUGCCUGGAAUUUCAGGGAAACAUGUUUGUUCAUACAUAGGAUUCUAACCAUGUAAUAAAGGUAAUUCAAGACAGUCUUCGAUUCAUUGUCAGUAAAACUUGGAUUCCGGAUUCCCUUAAAUAUAGAACAUAUAUAUAACAAGCGCAGCCUUUUUGCACCAAAGAAGACCUUCCCGAAUGCGUGACGAAUCCAGUAAAUGUCAUGGAGUUUACGUUUUGUGAAUUUUUUUCUCUGCCAUUUAACUCUCGAGUACUUAUGUUAAAUUAAUAAACUACUAAAUUUUAUAAAAUAAACCAUAUUCUUCGGGUUAUUCGUUAAUUUUAAUUAAUUUUAACCUUUUCAAUAUUAACAAAAGUUGGCUUUUUAUCUUUUUUCCAAACAGGAUCGUAUAUGUACAUCGAGACAUCUUACCCGCGCUUAAACCGAGAAGCUGCGCGCUUAAUUAGUCCCGAGAUCUCCAAUGCUGACGGAAACUGUCUAAGUUUCUACUUUCACAUGCAUGGCCACAAUAUCCGGCAGCUUUCAGUAUAUUCACAGACCCAUAGCGGUUCUAGAACUCUUCUUUGGCGCAAGCAAGGGAGGCUGGGAAAUGACUGGCAUUUUGGUUCUGUCUCAUUAAACAUACCCAACGAUUCAACCAUAAAGGUGAUGUAUCUAUACCGAAAAUGAAAAUCGAGCAUUUUUAAGCCGUUGCUCAAGUGGUCUUUUUCACUCGUGCACAGCAUUUUGGGGGAAACACACAAUAAAGAUUCGCAUGGUACGGAGGUCUCAAUGUCUAUCAAGCUGCGAAAAAAGGCGGACGAAAUUUACAAAUAGAUUGCAGGUUAGCCUGUUCCAGACGCUGAGUUAGGGGACGGCGCAGAGAGAAGUGAGGCGAAAAGCAGCGAGGCGGGGGUGGGGGGGGUUUGCUUUUUUAUUAGUUUCGUGCCACACUUGCAUGGAAUUGGCUAAGUCGAGUGAAUAUCAUGAUAUUUAAAUGAACAGGUCAGAACAUGGCGGUGAAAAAAGCAAUGGUACACAGAAGAAGAUCUCUCAAAAUCUACUCAUUAAAAUUUUGUGAUCUUUGGCAGAAUUUCUACUUUUAUCGCAUUUUAAAUAAUGAGAACUUUCAAAUGGAAGUUGAACAGACGAAUUUUGUAACACAUUUAAUAAUUACAGUACAAUUAUAUUAUUGGUUAUCUAAUAACCCGUCUGUUAAAAUUUGGUCAAAUAAGUUUCAAAUGACAGUAAGCUGUGUGCAAGUUUAUAGGAAAAUCUUAUGAGCGAAUUUUACGUAAGCUGAGGAAAAGUGAAAUUUUAAGGUUGCAUUUAAUCGUUUGUAUUGCCAUGGAAACCACGAAAACGUCAAAUUUUACCUGUCAAUCAUAAUCUUUCAUCAGUAAAUUUUUCACCUGCCAAGUUUCAGCUUCUGAGCUGAAACCUUUCUCUUGCCGUGAUUUGGCAAAUGACAUAUACUCACAAACUGCCAAAACAGUGUUCAGCCACCUUAAAGGGGAGUAUUAUCUGUACAAACGCAUGCUCUGAGACUCUGUUUCCACUAAGAUUUCUAUCGUGUGAUUUAUGAUGAGCAUUACCAGGAAAGGGAAUAAGGUCUUUGGGUAAUGGUUUGAACCUAGAGGCCCAUGUCAUAAGUAGGUGAAAAGAGAUCCUCCAAGUAAUAGUAUUACUGAAUAGGACAAUCUGCGCGGUAGUCAUCUUCAGAUUCAAAGAAACUUGAUGACUACCGCAUUGGUCGUGGAAACGUCAGUCACUGUCAACAACGCUCCUAAUCAGCACUUAACUACUUAUUCGAAAGAAGAUAUCCCACCUACUUAUGACACUUGUCAUGGCUGAUUAAAAGGGUAGGACUGAAGCUGCCAGAUCAUCAAUUGAAAGGUUUUGACAUACUUCGAUACCUGAACAUGGUAUUUAUAGCGCAAUUUAUCUCUUUCACAAUAAAGGUUGAGAGUAUCUUCUGUUUAUUUGAAUAUCGAGAGUUCCUUGGCUUUGGUUAAGCCACAAAAAUUUAAUAAUGGGGCAACAAAAAAAUAUAAAAGGAAUAGAAUAAUAAUAAUAAUAAUAAUAAUAAUAAUAAUAAUAAUAAUAAUAAUAAUAAUAACGCAUUCAUUUCUCCCCCACGGACGUCUGCUAAACGUCCGUGGGGGAGAAAUGAAUGCGUGACAAACGAACCCCAAAGGACGUCUGCGGGGAGGCUAACCUAUGACUGGCAACCUUGAAACUUCCACCAAUUAAUGUGUUGUUGAACACACAGGUCGUGUUUGAGGGAUUGGCUGGCACGGGCUAUAUGGGCGAUAUAGCCCUUGAUGACGUGAUGGUGUUCAAGAAUAGCAAUUGUAGCUUAAACCCAAGUUCAGCACAGCCAAGCUCACCACAACCAACACCCAUUCCCACGCCUCCAAGUAAGUUGCAUUGCUGACUAAAGUUCUUUUCAGUCUGCUCGAUAUAACGUAACAGUCACGUGAAGUUUCAAUCGAUACGCACCCUAUCCAUUAACUUCAAUUCUCUACGUUUCCUGCAUAAAGUUCAACGUUUUGAAAAAUUUCUAAUUAAUACCUUACACGAACCGCUACACGCCUUACAAUACAUAACUCAGUCAACCUAGGAGACUUAAACGAAACCCAGCUAAAGUACUAGUCAAACCCCGCUUAAUACGGACACCUGAUUAUUACAGACAGUUUCAUUUGUCCUUGAGGGAAGAAAGCCCGUACAUUUUGCCUACAUUUAACCCGCUUAAUAUGGACACCCCGUUAAUACGGACACUUUCCAUGACCCCUACAGUGUCCGUAUUAAUAAGGUUUGACUGAAAGAAAGAAAGAAGAUUUGAACCUGAUGCUACUCAGCGAAAGAACCUUAAAAGGGCCUUGUUUAAACGUCGCAUUUCGCAUGCGCCGAAUCUAAUGCAAAUGAGCAAGAACAAUAGAUUUUCCUCAACAGCAAUAUGUUUGAACCGGAUCUUAGUUCUGCUCAUGUGAUGACUUGAUUACGUUUCUUUCUAUAUCUAGCUGUUCACUCUUGUGGAUUCAAACCCCAUACUCGAAUUGUGGGCGGCACCGUGGCCAUUCCAAACUCUUGGCCGUGGCAGGCAAUGCUCAUGUACCAGAAGAGCAAAGGGGAAUGGAAGCAGUUUUGCGGAGGAUCCCUGGUAACCCUAGAAUGGGUGUUGACCGCUGCCCACUGCGUAGUUGAUAUCAGAGAAGAAGAUUACGGUACUCAUAUGGUCAGGUAGUAAAAUUUCAAAACGUUUCUCAACAGAGAAUCCUUGAAAAUAAACUCUGACUUUCACGCAUUGUUAAAAUUUUGAUUCGAUCCACUGCCACUUAGUUAUUGCCUUCAGAUGUCAAAGAGACCCCUUGGGAGUAUCUCCAACGCCACUUUCAAAUACAAUAUGAUAAUGGAAUUUAACUUUUCAGAUAGUAACCGGACUCGAAACAAAUGUUGAUUAUAGGAUCUAUUUCUCUUUUUCAAAGG